AUGAUGUGGCCGCAGAAGCCGCUUCAACUGGCGGAGCAGCCUUGUCUCCUCUGUGACGGCGUCGGCUUCGCGGUGCGGGAAGAACUUCUGGCUCACAUCGACGAAAUGCAUGGAGGGUUGCAGAGAUAUCGGAACGCUUACCUGCACCUGGAGUCCUUGUGUCCGCACAUCGUUGCAGGCUCCGAAGUGCUACACUAUGUGAGCAACUACGCCGAGUUUUUGCGUCGGUCCGCCAUGGACUGGGAGGCAUCGGCGCUGUCGUGCGCGCGGGAGCGGAUCGGAUGUGCUUUCUGUGCAAGGUGCUUUUGGCGCGAAUCCAUGCAAGAGUGUUUUUUGAAGGGACCAAAAUGUUUUAUGGCAGCGGCAGAAACUGUCUGGGAGAUGUUGUCCGUCAAACGUUACCACGAGAGAUGGCCGCUCAUUCCGACGAAGGAGUUAGAAGCCUCGAGUGUCGACGUGGGCACGGCUCGAUGUCCUGUUCUUGUCUUGCUGCACAAACGCCGAGUAACGGGUGAUAUGGCGCGGGGGAAUUCUCCUGCGGCUGUAUGUGAAGAUUGCGUGGAGGCUUUUUCGGGGCGGAAGCCUUGGCUUUGCAAAUACGCCCUGGCGAACGAUCUGUGCAACCGAUCCAUUACUCUGGAAAGCCAACAUGACACACGAAAUGUGUCUGGCGAGCAAAGCAGGGCGACGGUGAGCCGAAUAGCGCGGCUGCAGCUUCACAGGCAGGAGUUUGUCCAGCAAGCUGAAGCUUUGCGAGAGACGAACCCGGUCUAUCGAAGUGGCGUGGCCGAAAUCAAUCGAGAGCUGUUGGCUGAAUGGUUUUCCAGCGAGGAAUCUGUCGUGCCUCCUCCGGUGCUGGACUGUGUGGUGGCUGUUCCUGUUGGCGAGGACGGGCCCGGCGUGGUUCGGCAAACCGGGCCAGCGGAGGCAACUGAAGUUGUCCAGCGCGCUCGAGAUUCUUCCGAGUCCGAGACCUGCGUGCUCGCCAUGGAGCCGCAGGUGGAGGACUUCAAUUCCCGCGGCCGAGAAAUCUCUAUGCUGGUCGUGAGCAUGUUGCAGAAGUUGGAAGAACUGCAAGAUGCUGGCGCUCGGUCUGUUGCUCUGGAGAUGGAAACUAUGGCGGAGGAGCAGCGCACUCUGGUGGAUCACUUGGGCCGCCAACACAUUCUGGAACUCUGCCUCCAGAUUCACGAGUCUUGCAGGCAACUUUCCGCUGCGGAGAAGCAAAGUCGUCUGGAGCGCGAGUUGCGAGAUGCCGUCAUGGGCAAGUCUCGAUGGUUGAAUGCUUCGGAAGAGGACGGUCAGGCUGCGCAUUUGUUGGUGGCACGUGGCAAGCAGCCAUUGAGUUUGUGGGAUUGGAAGAUUUGGACGAUGGCCAAGCCGAGGUUGUGGCGAUAUGGUGAUGCUGGAUAUCUCUUCGAGAGGGACACAAACCUGUCUACUUCCGAGUGGGCCGCCUGUCUGCUUUUACGCGAAGAGCUUGCUUAUGCUGUCGACGGGGAGCCUGAUGAAGGGGAUGCGGCGUUGCGACCCGUAUUGGGAAGUCAGCCCGCGUCGGAUCCUUCGGAGGCAGUGCGACCCGUAUUGGGGAGCCAGCCCACGCAAAAUCGUUUCUCCGGCGAUUGGACAGCAUUACACAUGAUGGCGACUGUGUCUCGUUUGACUGAUCAACGCUCUGCUGCAUACAAUUUCCUGAAAAACGGUGGCAUGGCAUUUGCGAAGAAACUACGGGAACUCAGCGCAGAGGAUCUCGCCAGUGCCGCCCGCGCCGCGCCGCAGGCCGGGGGUACGGAUCAGUUCUUCAAAGAAGCUGCAGUGCCGCAGACAGUGAAGGAUGCGUUGCACGCCAUGAAUGCGGCUUCUGCCACAGUGUUGGGCACCGAUGGUCAUCGUCGACUGUGUCGGCACGAGGGCGUCGCUUACAUGGAAGCGUUCGGACCUCCGUUGAUUUUCCUGACUCCAAACGUAGCGGAUACUCAGCAUCCGUUGCUUCUGGUGGUUCAAGGGGAAGUCGUCGAUCUGGGUGCUGUGAACGGAGAUAUGGAAACAGUCUUGCCAAAGUAUCGGGACAUGCUGCGACGCUUGGCACAGGAUCCUGUGGCUCAGACCGUUCAGUUCGAGCUUUUGAUGCGUCUGUUUUUCCAGCAUGUCCUGAAUGUUCGACCAGACACACUGGACUGCCGACGCAACGCGCCUCGCCGCGGAGCGAGGGAGUGGUGCAGCGAUGGUGCAGCGGCGGCUUCUACUGGUGCUGGCAUGUUGGGUCCCAUUCUGGCUUUCCGCGGCGAAAUCGAAGCUCAGGGUCGGGGAUCUUUGCAUCCUCACAUUUUGGUUUGGCUCGUUUGUCGUCAUAUGCAAGUUGUGAGCGAUCUGGCGAGAAUGCUGCGCGAAGAGAAACAUGUGCUUCAAGAACGCCUCCGAACUUUCAUGCGCAUGACAGUCGCCAGCUUCGAAUCCAUAGCCCAUGCAUCGGUGCAAGCUGCGCCGCGCAUUUUCGGCGUCAGCUCUGUGGCGCGCAACUUGUGCAAGUAUGAUGGCGGGUGCGAUUUGGAUUUGUUGAGAGAGAUGACGGACUUGUCCGAAGACCAGCAACGAUUUCUUCGUGCUUCUUCAGAAGAGGACUGGCAGCGACCCGAAAUGCAUCUGGAGGAUUCGACAGGCGGCGCUUCGUCGAUUUUCACUUCUCCGAUUAACUGUCUGCCAGUGGCGCAGACUCCAGGCUAUCGCCUGCGGAGUGUGCUCGCCGCUGAAGCAGACCCGGCAGCUGAUGCCGAUGCGUGGCAGUUGGCGUUUUGCCAGGAUCUGCACGAUCUGGCUCCUUCGCUCCUGAAGCACAUGUGCAGCGAGUCGUGCUACAAGUAUUCGGAUUCCUCUGCGACUCGAUGGAAGAUCUGUCGGCACGGCUAUUAUCACGUGGUCGUUUUGUGUGAAGGCUGCCGAGCACGUCGCAAAGGCAAGCCGCUGCGACCCGUCAUUCACAUUGGCAGUGCUGCAGAGAUGGAGUUUGGCUCCGCCGGCAAAAUGCGUCCGAUUCAAUUGACUCCUUUCGAAGUGCAGACCUGCUACGGCGGCACCGUCGCGGGCAGGCAUAAUUUGGACGUCCAGGACAUGCGGCGCGUGCUCGAUCCCGCUUUGUGGCUGAGGGCGAGUGAAAGACUGCCUCAGAUCGCUGGUCCGGCUAAGCAACUUGGCUACAUGGCCGAGUACGAGUGGAACGGCACAGAGUACGAGUCGCGUUCGCCGUUCUCAGCCGUGUCUGUGUCCUGGGCAUCUCGACGACGGCUAGCAGCCGGGUUUCGGGAAGAUUGGUUGCAAGCGCAUCGAGGCAGGAAGUCAAGAGAUGAGUCGCGUGACCCGUAUUGGGAAGCCGACACCGCCGGGAACACUUCCUCGUCUAGCUCUUCUUCCUCUUCAGAGGCAGACGGGGAGAUCGACCUGGACAAGGCCAUUCGCUGUGGAAUCAGCGAAGCAUUCGCAGAUGGCAUCAACAGCCGCUUUUACGUGAACAGACUCUGGGCGUUAGUUGCGAUGGAGGAAGAAGAUUGGUGGAGGGGGGGGGGGCAGGACGGAUACGACACGAAGCCGAAUCAGGGAUUGGGAGGCGUGCUGGAGGAGCUUCGUCGAGGCAUCGAGCGUUUUUGGAGCAAGAACGCGGAAAAGCCGGGAAAAGCUUCGUGCGCGAAGGACUUGAGUCGCUUGAGUUCCUCGUAUCGGAGGUGUCACUGGAAAAGCGGAGCAGAAGUAAUCUUUCCUUUGUUGUACGGGCAUCUGACGUAUGCUUCCCAUCGCACCUGGAAACUGUACACCAAGAAAGCCAUCUUCUUCUGCCUGGAGGCAUGGAGGCGUUGUUAUGGAGACAGCGUGCUGCGUGGCGGUGUUGCUGAUGGCGAAGAAGGAGAACCUGUGAUUUAUUGUCGGGAAGGCUUGGAUGAUUUGCUUCUGCGUGGCUGGCGAAAAGUUGAGCGCAAGGACGAGCUGACGGGCGAAAGCUUUCAGUUGUUCGUUGGAUCCGAAGGUCAGAUAUGCAGCAGUGUGCAUGAGGUGUUCGAGCAGCAUCAAGCAGCUCGACAACUGUGCAAGUUGCCACAGCACAAGCUGACGUUCGUGCAGGCUCUCCUGAAUCAACACGCUGUCCAGGAGAAUCUAGCAGACCCCGAUGCCGAGGACGAGGGCCUCGAGACGAAUCUGAGGUCUUUGCGGGAGACAGGUUGCAUUUUGCCGGAUGACCCGUAUUGGGAACUUCUGGAUGCAACUUCUUGGAUGUGUGAAGAUGCUCCGGUCAUGGCGGUCGAUUGCUUUCCGCAGACAGCGGGCUAUUUGUCGGUGACCACGUCGAGUUUGGAGGAUUACUUAUUUCGUGGGGAGCAUCCAGUGCUGAAAGACAUGAGCUGGUCCACCUACGGAAUGUGGGUGUGCAGGGUGGAGCUUCCUCCCGGAGCUGAGACUUCCAUCAGAGCCGCGGUCCCUCGAUUCCAGGAUAUGUACUUCAGCUCGGCUUACAAGUUGUACAAGACGCACUGUCAGCGCAUCAGUUCAGAACCUCGAGUUCCGAUGUUCGAAGGGUUCACCAUGCCUACAUUAACGACUGACAGCGAACGGAACGCCGUGUACAAACAACUUCACUGCCGGCCUUACGCAGUUGCGGCGUCUCCCGCGCCUGGUGCUUCGACGGAAGACCUUGUGAUCGAUGCAUUUACCGUGUUCUCUCAGCCUUGCAAGCCUACGACAACCAAUCGAUCACUGGCAGCUGCCACUGCCUUUACCGAGUCGUACCUGGAAUGGUUUGCAGAAGCGCAGACGGCAGCGGACGAAGGGCGGCUGCGGUUUGCGGAGCGGCAAGAGUACCCGUCUCUGUGGGAGACGGAGGAGAUGCAGGCUGCCAUGCAGGAGAAGUUGGAGCUGGCGCGGGCAGAGGAAGAUGAAGAGGAGCCCGUCGUGUCUCCAGGAAAAGCCCAAGAAGAGGCGAGAGGUGGAUCGGUACCUGCAGCAAGACUUCGUGAAGAUAACCACUGCCGCGAGCUAGAAGCUGCGGAUGUCGACGACGAAGAGGAGCACGAGGAGGCGCAGCUGGAGGGUGCUACCAGAUGUCCCUCCCAUGUGUUUCAGCCCAUCAUCUUUCGGCCGAAUCCGGACGAACAGCGGCGGCUGCUGCAGCUAGACUAUCAAGCCAGGAAAAACCGAUACACGAGUGAAUUUCUGGAGGAGACUUGGCUCCAGCAGGAUGCUUUCGAGGUGGCACGGGCUGCACCCAAGGAGUUGCACAAAUAUAAAGCUCUGUUCACGGCGCUCAGCUCCUUGGAGGACGAUCGGUCAGAGAAGCUGGAGUCGCUGCGAGAGCAAAAGCCAAACGAAGAGGAGGCGGAGGACGCGGACGACAGCCACUUGAAGCGGUUGCGAGCGUGGCUGCCGCGACUGCCGCGAGACUGUGUGCGAUUCGCGGAUCAGACAGUGUAUGGAAAACCUUCCGAACUGUUGGCGGACAUGAUGCUUGCUUUGCCGGCGAACGAGAAGCUGAAUGAAGAUCAGGAGCUGUUCAUGUGGCGGUUUGGCGACGUUCUGAACACGGUUUACGAUGAGGAACAGCGAUUGGCGCCGCACAAGCGCGGUGUGUAUCACAUGCUUCUGUUAGGACAAAGCGGUUCCGGUAAAACGCACGUGGUGCAGAAUCUCAUCUUUCCUGUUGUUUUGUUUAUCUGGCCACCAGAAGAUGGCAGCGAGACUCUUCGAGUGGUGGCUGCCAAGAACUCACAGGCUAAGAACAUUUCGACGUCCUCUGUGCGAGCCACGACGGUGCAUGCUGCCGCUUGCAUGCGGGUCCAGAACCUGUCGAAUGGCAACCUGACGGCCGGCUCCAAGGAGAAGGCGUUGCGGACAAUGUGGCAGAGCUGUCGCGUGCUGAUCUUGGAGGAGAUCAGCAUGGUUGCUGCUAUGUUGUACAACAUGUUGGACUAUCGUUCCAUGCUGAGUCAUGAUGUGAACCCGCAGACGUACACUCGGAUUGGUUGUGCUUUUGGUCGCGUUCCCAUAGUUUUGCAUUUGGGAGAUUUCUUGCAGCUGCGUCCCACUGCUCAGCUGUCGCUCCUGGAUGAUUUGAAGGCGAGAGACGAGGAUGGCUGUUUGCUGCAUUCUGAUGUCCCGCCAGAAGUUCAGCAUGCGCAGCAAGUGUUCGCAAACAUUCAAGAUGUGUUCGAGCUGCGGGGCACGAAGCGUUUCAAAGAUGGCGAUCCAUUGAUCGAGCUGUUGCAGUGCAUGCGCGCAGGCCGUCAGUUGUCCGAAGGACUCUGGACGGCUUUCCAGAAGAGGUUCGUGACGGAUGCCGGUCCGGGCAAGCCAGAUGCCAGACUCCAGCACGAAAACUUCCGUUCUGGCUAUUGCAUGUCCAUCUAUUGGGCCUCCUUGUCUCGUAUGCUUUUCCGCCGUGCUAUCCUGGACGCUGCGCGAGGGAGCGUCCCGCUCGUGUUGCUGCAGUGUGCCGACGAGUGCUCCGAUCUGGACAAGGAGGUUGCGUUUCGGUUGCUGAAUCAGCCUAAUCCAAACCGAACCGGUCACAUGCACGGCGUGCUGCCUUGCCACGUAGGCAUGGAAAUUCGGCUUCUGGAGAAGCUGGAUGGGACGAAGGGGCUGGUCCAGGACACGCAAGCGACCAUCUUUGAUUUCGAGUUUUCUGAAGAGGAUCGUCGUGCGUACAGGCGGACACGCGGUGGUGAGGUUUUUAGUCCAUCGAGUCUCUGGGUCAGCGUGCGCAACUACGAUGGCAACAAAAAUUGGCAGGCCAUGGCGGCCGUUUGUCGUCUGCAUGUAGAAACCGACGAGGCUGCGGAGGAACUGGCGCGCAGUCUGUGGUUUCUGCCUGCUGUGGAAGUGAAGAUGCAAUUCUCCAGUACGCAGAAGUACGUGAUCAGACGCUGCGGGUUUCAGGUGUCGCACGCCAAGUUCAUCACUAGCACCGCUUCGCAGGGAGUGACACUGCGACAGGGCACCGUCAUCGAUUGUGCGCGACUGCCCGAACUCGCUUGCGGCGACUGGAAGAACGUGCAGCGGGUUGUCGCACUGGUGCAGUCAAACUGCGACAUUCCUUUGGCCAGACGCGGAAGCGGAAACGGCUCCCUGCGUGAUUUGCUGAUUGCUGAUGACGUUGCCGACGUCUCGUCUCGUAGACAGGGGCCACGUGAGGCAAUGACGGAUCACCGUCAGCGGCGCAUGUCGCUCCGGACAGACGUCGUUAUCCGUGGCACAUGUCGAUCCGGAAUGGAGAGAUGUGCUGUCGAGGCGCUCGCGCACGGCUCCUACAAUGAGCUCUGUCGGCCUUGCGUAGACUGUGGGCUCUACACGGGAAGUUACUGUGACGGCGACAGUGAGGAUUGCUUCGCUGCCGAUCGUCCCAUCGCGAUCGCGAUCGACCCCAACCGGCUGGCCAUGAUCACGGGCCGGUGCCGAAGGCUCCACCGCCUGGUGCUCAUGAAGCCGUUCCGAACAGAGGCUUUGAUGAGUGGGUCUUUUAUGUGGAUCCUCAUCUCCGAGCUUCGCUGGUCCUGUGCACUAUGUGGUCCCAGACCAGGCACUUCGAACAGAGGCUUUGAUCAGCUGCCACCGGGUCAGGAACUCCCUGAAGGCACCCAGAUUCUGGUGCCCAAGGGCAGCUCGCCUCCGGCGACCAAAGCUCCGCCGACCCCCGCUCAGAUCGCGGCGUAUCAGGCUGGUCGCGCUGGAGCUCAUCCGCGGGCCAAGCCCAAAGCGGAGCCUUCGGCAGCGUUUCGGCAGGCAGAAGCGGAGCUCAUUGAGCUGCUCGGUGCUGCCCACCUGGACGAUCCGGCGUUGCGGAGACGCGAUCUCCAGCUGGUGAUCGGUGUUUCGUCCGGACCGAUGAACAUCGGGAGAAAUUUUGCUCGGAUAUCGGGCGGAUGCAUGUCGCUCCGGAUUGGAAAGAUGUGCUGUCUGGUGUUCGGCAACGUCGGAUCGCUGUCCGUGGCACGCGCCAUGUUUUGCAACGUCGGAUUCUUUUCCAUGGCACCUGUUGAUCCGUUGAACAGCUAUUUUGCUCUGAUGCUCCUGAUGAGUGCUUGGCAACGCUGGAUGCAGAUGGUCGGGUUGGCGUUCAUCGUGGAUCACAGUGGCCGAGUGUUCACCAAACAACCACCCACCCUUCGAGACGUUGCGUGCAACUCCGAGCCCCAGAAAGAUGGUUCGGGUGACAUCGACACUCUUUCCGAGCUUUCGACGGCAACACCGUCGACGUUGUCGCGAGCGUCUCGUGCUAGCGGUUCUGCUAGCAGUUUACUGUCGUCUGUGCUCAAUUCGCUGGUUGCGGUGGAAGCCCCAGCGCCGUUUGCGGCCUGCGAGCAGUAUGCGAGCAAGCGAAAAGCUCGAGCAGAAGAGGGUGGUGAAGAUGACAUGGUUCCCAGGGCACAAGAUGGGGAAGAUGAUGGUAUGUCUGAUGAGACUCUAAGCCUUCCGGGCACGGCUCCCAAGAAAAGCAAGAACAACAAGAAGAAGAAGAAGGUCAAGUCCAAGAAAGUCAGAUCUUCCAAGAAAAUGAGAUCCGAUUCGCAAUUGGUGGAUGUGCUUGUCGAGCACCUGCCCACCGGGAAGGAUACCUCAUCCGAUGAGGGCUUCGACGACAAGAACCACAAUACGAAGAGAACCAUGCGGCUUCAGAGCAAUCCCAAGGUGAAGAAUGCCACAUCCGAUGAGGCCCCGGUUCAGAGCAAGCCAGUGAAGAGAGCCAGAUCCAAUGAGGCCCCGGUUGAGAGCAAGCCAACGAAGAGAACCAGAUCCAACGAGGCCCUGGUUGAGAGCAAGCCCAAGAAAGCCAGAUCCAGUGAGGCCCCGAUGCAGAAUGAAACCCAGGCCCCGAAGAUCAAGAAGAAGCCCAAUGUCUUCGGCAAGUACAAAGCGGGUUUGUAUGCUUGCAAGCGCUACGUGUUCAUCAAGCGAUUCCAAGAAAUGUUCCCUAAGGCGAGCUUCCAGACAGGCAAUCGCUAUUGGCUUAAGUGUCCAGAACGCAUGGAACUCCUAGCAGACAUGCCGCUUGCCGAGUUGAAGAGACGACGUUUUGCACCCAAAGGGUGUUUGGUCCACCCAUACCGAUGA